AUGGCUACUGAGAAAUCUGGGAUCAUAAUUGAGAAGAAUCCACCAGAGUCCACACUAACCCAACUCGGUGUUCGUAGUUGGCCCAAGUGGGAGCUUAUUCCACCAAGCAAGUUUCCAUGGACUUUCAGUGUAAAAGAGUCAUGUUAUCUACUUGAGGGGAAAGUGAAAGUGUACACUGAUGGAUCUGAUGAAGCCGUCGAGAUCGAAGCUGGUGACUUGGUUGUUUUCCCUAAAGGAUUGAGUUGCACCUGGGAUGUCUCUGUCACUGUUGAAAAACACUACUACCAUCACGAGUAA